CUUUCCUUUUCCCCGCCCCCCUCCUCUUGGUUCUUUCUGCCUACCUCCUCGGGUGACGCAGAAACUUUCUAGAAAUCCUUCCCAUCGGCCUUUGCGUUUCCAACAUGGAGGACCUGACGGUGGAAGUGCGCGGCUCUAACGGAGCUUUUUACAAGGGAUUUAUCAAGGAUGUACAUGAAGAUUCCCUCACCGUUGUUUUUGAAAACAACUGGCAACCAGAGCGUCAGGUGCCUUUCAAUGAGGUCCGGAUGCCUCCUCUCCCUGAUAUUAAAAAGGAAAUUACUGAAGGAGAUGAGGUUGAGGUGUACUCCCGGGCUAAUGACCAAGAACCUUGUGGAUGGUGGUUGGCAAAAGUACGAAUGAUGAAAGGAGAGUUCUAUGUUAUUGAAUAUGCUGCUUGUGACGCUACCUACAAUGAAAUUGUAACAUUUGAACGGCUGCGACCUGUAAACCAGAAUAAAAGUGUAACAAAGAACUCUUUCUUCAAAUGUACAGUAGAUGUCCCUGAAGAUUUAAGAGAAUCGUGUUCUAAUGAAAACGUGCAUAAGGAAUUCAAGAAAGCUGUAGGAGCCUGCCGAGUUUAUUUUCAUGCAGAAACUAAUCAGCUAAUAAUACUGUCUGCAAGCGAAUCAACUGUAAAGAGAGUAAACAUAUUGAGCGACAUGCAUUUGCGGAGUAUCCGCACCAAACUGAUGCUUAUGUCAAGAAAUGAAGAGGCCACUAAACAUUUAGAAUGUACAAAACAGCUUGCUUCAGCAUUUCAUGAAGAAUUUGAUGUUCGGGAAGAUUUAAUGGGCUUGGCAAUAGGGACCCAUGGAAGUAAUAUCCAACAAGCUAGGAAGGUUCCAGGUAUAACUGCUAUUGAGUUAGAUGAAGAUAGCGGCACGUUUCGAAUUUAUGGGGAGAGUGAAGAAGCUGUUAAAAAAGCAAGGAGUUACCUGGAGUUUGUAGAAGAUUUCAUUCAAGUACCUAGAAAUCUUGUAGGAAAAGUAAUUGGCAAAAAUGGAAAAGUAAUUCAAGAGAUCGUUGAUAAAUCUGGAGUAGUAAGAGUCAGAAUUGAGGGAGACAACGAAACAAAGUUACCUCGUGAAGAUGGCAUGGUUCCAUUUGUUUUUGUUGGAACCAAAGAGAACAUUGGUAAUGUACAGGUUCUUCUGGAGUACCACAUUGCAUAUUUAAAGGAGGUAGAGCAGCUUCGUAUGGAAAGACUACAGAUAGAUGAGCAACUUCGUCAGAUUGGUAUGGGCUUCAGACCUUCUAGCAGAGGAACAGAAAAAGAGAAAGGAUAUGUGACUGAUGAAAGUGCUGCUUCAUCUGUCCGAGGAAGCAGGUCUUACAGUGGCAGGGGCAGAGGUCGUAGGGGCCCAAAUUAUACCUCUGGCUAUGGUACAAAUUCUGAGCUUUCCAAUACUUCUGAGACUGAAUCAGAAAGAAAAGAGGAACUGAGUGACUGGUCACUAGCUGGUGAAGACGAACGUGAAGGCCGCCAACAGCGUGACAGCCGAAGGCGCCCUGGGGGUAGAGGGCGUAGUGGAUCUGCUGGUCGAGGUCGGGGAGGAUCAAGGGGUGGAAAGUCUUCUAUCAGCUCUGUGCUUAAGGAUCCUGACAGCAACCCAUACAGCUUACUUGACAACACAGAAUCUGACCAGACCGCUGACACAGAUGCAAGUGACUCUCACCACAACGCAAACCGUCGAAGGAGAUCACGGAGGAGGAGGACUGAUGAGGAUUCCUCUUUAAUGGACGGAAUGACUGAGUCUGACAAUGCAUCAGUUAAUGAAAAUGGCUUGGUUACAGUCGCUGACUAUAUCUCUAGAGCAGAAUCUCAAAGCCGACAGCGAAAUCUACCUAAAGAAACUUUGGAAAAUGGCAAAAAGGAAAAGGUGAAGGAUGUAAUUGAAGAGCACGGACCUUCAGAAAAAGUCAUUAAUGGCCCAAGAGCUACUUCUGCUGACAGGGCUUUAAAGCCACAGACCACACCCACAGAAAGAAACAAUGCAAGCUGUCAAGAUGGAAGUAAACAAGAAGCCAUACUGAAUGGGGUGUCUUAAAAUGGAAGUUCUAGUUUACAGUUCCUUUACAUUACAUUUUACAAUAGUGCUUGUACAAGCUUGCCAAAGAUAGAUUAAGGAUCGCCAGUCUUUACACCACACUUUCAGUUCCUCCAUAUGGAAUACAGAAAGGGGAGGGAUCCUGACACAUGUUAAACAUAAGUUGAUACCUACUGUGUUCUAAAUACAUCAUCAGAUGUGCCUUGAGAUAGUAUACGAAACAUUUAAAAAAAAAAAAGUGCUGGCUAUAGAAAAUGUUGUUUUGUUUUCAAAAUAUGGCAUUGAUGGGGGGGGGGAUCCUGCAUAAUAUUCAUUCUAAAAGCAUUAGCUGCUUUUGUUACAUUUUUAAUAUGCAACCACUUCUUCACCUGAGGAAAACUAGAAAAAUGCAGUCUAAAGUAUUUUGCACUGAAAUGUAAUUUCUCCAUUGGUUCAGUCUGGAAAAUGGUAAUUUUUAACUUUUUUUUCUCCUCCCCAUUGAAAAAAAGUUUGUGGAAGGAAGCUGCAGAUCACUGGAAAAACAGAAUAAAAAAACUGCAGAGAAACUGGCAGUGACUGUUCUACAUUGGAGCUUUGUUUGGUUUAUUUAUUAAACUGUACAGUAUUUAAAAUCAAACAUAGCUAUAAACACUAAACUGAACAUAGUCAUGUCCACAAAGGCAUAGUCCACAAAGACAUAAUCCUAACUACUGAAAAGAUCAAUUUCCAGAAUGUUUCUCCUGUAAAAACUGCAUAUGUUAGUCAUUAGUAUGGUAUUUUUAUUUUUGUUUUGGUUGUUUGAUGUGCAAUAUGUUUUUUUUGUAUGCAGGUAGUAAAGAAAAAACAAAAAAAAUAAACUUUGAUCUUCCAUUUUUGAUUAUCAGCCUAGUUUCCUAAUGGUGGGGUUGGCGGGCAGUAUGUGUUUCUUACACCCUCAUUGCCUGCUACUGCAGCAUCAGCAGUGUUAAUGCAUACACCUACAGUAUGUAAUCAUAGUUGUUCUUGCCACACAUGAGGCAUUAAAAAGUAGAUAACUAAAAAUAUGUAGGUAUUGGAUCCCUUUUUGUAAUAUAUACAUAUGACACCUUUUUAAAUAUAAUUUGGGUCCUCUUAUUUGUCCAAAUGUGUAGGUGCUGAAUUGCCUAUCUGAACAGAAAUCCAUAAAAUAAACAACUUUCCAGCACAUAA